AUGCCGCCCUCAAUGAUGCGGUUGGCCUCGGCCGCCGCCAUUUUGGCGCUGUCCAGCUCAGUCCAGGCUGCCUCUAAAUACAUCCUCGAAAAGACGUAUGACUACAAUAACUUCUUCUAUAAUUUCGGUUACGCCCAUUCCCCCGACCCGAGCCAUGGAUUUGUCGACUACAUACACCCGCCUGAUUCCAAUAAAUUUGCUUACGUCACCCAAAACUUGACGAUCCGCCUCGGUGUCGACUCAGAAAAUAAAUACUCGACGACCAGCGGAGGCCGGAAGUCGGUCCGCAUGGAGAGUGGUGACACUUUCACCCACGGUCUCUUCGUGGCCAACUUUUCUCAUCUGCCCGCCCCGGCCUGCGGUGCUUGGCCUGCAUUCUGGAUGUACGGCCCCGACUGGCCCAAUAAUGGUGAAAUUGACAUCUACGAGUCGUGGAACAACGCCACGUACAACCAGGUCACUAUCCACACAUCAGGCGGCAGCAAAUGCACUCUGGCCGAUGACCCUUCCAAGUUCACCGGCAAGGUCCUGAGCUACAACUGUGACAACACCAUAGACAACCCACCCACGCAGUACCCCGGCACCGGUUGCUCCAUCGAGGAAGCGACUGGCUCCGCAGCAGCCACCAGCCCCUUUGCCAACCCCAACGGUGGCAUCUACGCCGUCGAGUGGACUGAAGAUCACAUCAAAGUCUGGAGCUGGACGCAUGACAGCUCCGGCCUACCCACCGACAUCGGUAGCGGAAACCCCGAUCCGUCGCGCUGGGGCCUCCCUCGUUCCGCUUUGUCUUCAACAUUGACUUCUGCGGCGACGGUUCCGGCAACAACUUUGGCUCGUGCUCUGCCGCCUUAA